AUGCUCGAGAGUGUAAGGAUAGAGCCAAAGAUGAGCUACAGAAAGAUAGUCGGUGUGAACGGGCCUCUUGUGAUAAUGGACAACAUCAGGUUCUUGAAGUAUGCAGAGAUGGUCAGCUUGACGCUGCCUGACGGAAGUGUUCGGCAGGGACAGGUUCUGGAGGUGUCCGGGAAGAAGGCGGUGAUCCAGGUGUUUGAAGGGACGGCUGGAAUAGAUGUGAAGGAGACCCAGGUGACCUUUACCGGAGAAACCAUGAAGAUGGGUAUGUCUGAGGAUGUUCUUGGAAGGAUUUUCAAUGGAAGCGGAAGGGUCAUUGACGGAGGACCGAAGAUCAUUCCAGAAGACUAUCUCGACAUCCAGGGCCAACCCCUGAAUCCAUAUGCCAGGAUAUAUCCGGAGGAGAUGAUCCAGACAGGGAUAUCAUCGAUCGAUGUGAUGAACUCGAUUGCAAGGGGCCAGAAGAUUCCCAUAUUCAGUGCAUCCGGGCUGCCGCACAACGAAAUAGCAGCCCAGAUCUGCAGACAGGCAGGACUUGUCAAGAGGAAGGAUUCCAUCGACAGCAGCGACGACAACUUUGCAAUAGUGUUUGCAGCAAUGGGAGUGAAUGUAGAGACUGCAAACUUCUUCAGGAACAGCUUUGAGGCGUCUGGAUCGAUUGGAAGAACAGCACUGUUUCUUAACCUGGCAAAUGACCCCACCAUUGAGAGGAUAAUCACACCGAGGCUGGCCCUGACUGCAGCAGAAUACCUUGCAUACGAAAGGGAGAAGCACGUUCUAGUGAUCAUGACGGACAUGAGCUCCUAUGCAGAUGCAUUGCGGGAAGUCAGUGCUGCGCGGGAGGAGGUUCCUGGCAGAAGGGGAUACCCUGGAUACAUGUACACAGACCUUAGCACGAUAUACGAGAGGGCAGGGCGGCUUGAAGGAAGAAAUGGAUCGAUAACCCAGAUUCCAAUUCUGACGAUGCCUAAUGAUGACAUAACACAUCCCAUCCCUGAUCUCACGGGAUACAUCACGGAGGGCCAGAUAUAUGUUGACAGGCAGAUGCACAACAGGCAGAUCUACCCUCCUAUCAAUGUGCUUCCGUCGCUCUCCAGGCUGAUGAAGAGUGCCAUUGGAGAGGGGAUGACUAGGAAGGACCAUGGGGAUGUUUCGAACCAGCUCUAUGCAAAGUAUGCAAUUGGCAAGGAUGCUCAGGCGAUGAAGGCUGUUGUCGGGGAGGACUCGCUUUCUGCUGAAGACAGGAUCUCGAUCGAGUUCUUGGAGAGAUUUGAAAGGGAGUUUAUAAGCCAGAGACACGACGAGCUGAGAACUGUGGACCAGUCGUUAGACAUUGCAUGGGAUCUGCUCAAGGUCUUUCCCAGAGAGAUGCUCAACAGGAUCCCAUCGGACAUACUGGAUGAGUUCCAUUCUGUGGCACCCGUAGGGGUUGAAUAG